AUGCGGGUCGCUUGGAAAAAGAUCAACACUGGCUCGGGGGGACUGCUUUGCUCUCAUUGUCGCUGGAAGGUAUUUGUUGCGGAGGAAGAUCCCUCAAAGGGAUCCCCGCUGAUGUUUACAUGUCGUGGAAGUGAUACUGUCGCGUCGACUCUGAUAUCCAUCUUUUACCACCUCGCUGAUGACCCCAGCCAGAUGGUCAAAUUACGAGCAGAGCUGGAGAACGUCAACAGUGUUCCAGGCUUGGACGCCCUGAAAUCAAUGGCACAUCUCAACGGCAUGAUCAAUGAAGCUUUGCGGUUGCACCCUGCCCUACCUUCGGGUGGGUUUCGGGAGACACCCCCCGAAGGCUUGACGAUUGCGGGUCACUUCAUACCAGGAAAUGUAGUGGUAUCAGCGCCGAGAUACUCCUUAGGCCGGCGUGAGUGA